CUGGGUGGUUCUUGUGGAGUCGGUGCAGACUGUUUGAACUCACCGGGAUCGUACCACUGUGAGUGUGUCAGUGGCUACCUCCCUCAUCUCUCUCCCAAUAACACCCUCACGUGCACAGUCUCAGCUGUCAGAGUGCAACAUUGAUUAUCUGACUGGAAUAAUCAACAGCAGUAAGGAUCAAAACCUGCCUACAACUGUUGUUGUCCCUAUCCUGGUGAAACUAGUGGCAUCUCUGUAUGACCUGUCCAGGGACACAGUGGUGAAAACAGACACACUCAUCCGAUACGCCAACAGUGUGCUCAGGAGCUCUGAAGACGUGAUGGCCCAUCUGGUGUCUUCCGAUUUAGGCAUCACCACAUCAUCAGCAGAGCUGCAAAAAAAUGGUGUCAGACCAGACACAAAUCCAAGGCCUGCUGUUCAUAUAAAGAUAAAGACAGAUGACACUCAACUGGAUAUUGACUUGUCUAAGAACAAUGCAGACAAGGCAUCUGCCUCACUCAUGGUCUUUACCAACAUGGAGGAAGUGCUCACAGCCGACUUUUUCUGCACAACAGGAAGUGACACCAUCACCACUGUUAUGUCCAAAGUGGUUUCUGUUACUCUGGGACCGACCACAUGGCUGACAAAUCCAGUAAACCUCACUCUCAAGCAUACACACGUUGUGCAUCCUCGAGGAGAGCUCUCCUGUGUGUACUGGAAUGGUGGCGCCUGGGUGGUUGACGGCUGUGAUGUCACCCAGACCAACACCACCCACACAGUCUGCACCUGUGGGCACCUGUCCACCUUCAGUCUGAUGAUGCAGGUGGAGAGGAACUGGCUAAAGAUGGCUGCCAUGCUCAUUGGCCUGCUCUUCCUGAUCCUGACCCUGGUGACCUUUGCCCUGUGUGCCCUGAACCCCAAAGUGACCAACCUGGCUCGCCUGAACCUCUGCGUCAGCCUCUUCCAGGCCCAUCUCCUAUCACUGCUCGUCCAGGAGCUCAUCCUCCACAUCCUUCCUCACAAGGUGUUGUGUAGAGUUCUCUCCGGCUUCCAGAUUUUCUUCUACUUGAGCGGUCUUCUGUGGAUGCACCUGGACAUCCUGCUCCUCCUCCUGUCAAUCAUGAUGCUUAAGAAGCUCAAGAAGCCCCAUGGGGAGGGGCCAAGCUGUGGCCACUUGUCUUUGAUUGGCUACGGGUUUCCAUUACUAAUAGUCGGUAUGGUUGCUGGAGUGAUGCCAGAUGGAUAUGGCACUGAAUGGUGUGGUGUCCGGACACAUGCCGGCCUGUCCUGGAGUCUGCUGGGGCCGGCUUACUUCACCUUCACUGUUAACCUGAUUAUGUUGCUCAUCGUCUUUAUCCGCCUCUGCUUGCUGCCUUCAAAUGAGUCCUCUCUUAAUGAGGAGAUCAGGAAUGUCAGAUGCCAGGCCGCACGUGUGUUGGUCCAGUCUGUGGUCAUCACGUCCCCCUGGGUCCUGGGAUUCUUCCAUAUGGGCUAUGGCAGUGUUCUGGACAUCCUCUUCAUCAUCCUCAACUCACAGCAAGGAACCUUCAUCUUCCUCAUUCACUGUGUCUUCAAUCCCGAGGUGCACACAUGCUGGAAGAGAUGGCUUCAAAAAUUAGCGUCCGUAUCACCUAAACCAUUAAACAACAUGUAAAGAUUCUCUCUCUUCAACUUAAAAAUAUUGAGUCUACAAUUGAAUGCAUACUGUAGUUUUGAACAUGGCUCAUAUGAAUUUGCACUCAAAGCAGAGUUAUUAUAGUAUUGAACUUUUCAUUGCUUUUCAUUUUAUGUAGUGUAUCAGAUUUGGUUUUGCAGAUUAGUUUUUGAUUUCAGUUUUUGAUUUUGUUUGUUGUACAAGUGCAAAAGAAUUACCAAGUUUUCUGUAAAGAUUAAUAUGUGAUCCCUUUCAAAAUAUGUAGA